ACACAGUUCAAUUGGUCCUAGCAUUUCAUUCACUUCCCCACAAGUUGCAACGAGAUUCCGUUUGUGCCUCCCAUCGAACUUACCCAAUUGAUCAAGAGUAGCCGGACGGUUGGGGAGUUCUGCGACCGAUCUGUGAUCGAGCUCACCGAUGACGCUGGCGAUGAUGCACAAUUGUCCAGCGUGGUUGUGCCUAGCGGCGAAAAUCCUUGCCCUUCUCCUCGAUCCUUCGCCGUGUGUAGAAGUGCUUCAUGGUGGCCUAGCGUACGCCAUUAGCCCAAGCGUCGGACCGCCAGACGCGCCAGAGGCGAACCCCCCCCCUCCAACGCCGACGAAACACGAUUGGAUCACUCCUCCAUCCAAAGCUCGUGCUGUUCACUCGUCACUGUGUACGUGGAGCACAAGACUAAUAAGCAUGACUACACACCGUUGCGUGAUGGAGAAGUCACUCGGACUACUCGAGUCCGGCGUUAUGCGCGAUCGGCACCAACGGCUUGGCCGACGCGAAUUGGUUUGAUUCAGCAUGAUGUCAACGAUGAUGCUCGCGAAUUUCAUGGAACAGCGCUGUGCCAUACGGGUUGCCGCUUUCAAGGCAUC